CCUGUGAGAUUCGGAGCAUCUCAAUCAUCGAAAGCAGAUAUGACCUCCACUCAAGCAUCGCCCAGUGAGACCCACCCACUGGAGAAGCAUAUAACAUGCUCCAUCUGUAUGGAGGUGUUUGUGGAUCCUGUCACGACAGCUUGUGGCCACUCCUUUUGUAAGGAAUGUCUGGACUUCAACUUUAGGUACAACGACAUCAUGUGCCCCCUGUGCAAGGCACAUCUGAGUAAAAUCCCACAGGUGAACAUCGUCCUGAGAAGCCUUGUGGAAGAGAUGACAAAGACCCCAGAGGAAGACGUUGAUAAGUACACCGGGGCGCCUGGCGAAGUGGCCUGUGACAUUUGCACAGAGCAAAAGCUGAAGGCUAAGAAGUCCUGCCUUGUCUGUCUUGCCUCGUAUUGUUCAACCCACCUGGAGAAUCAUACUUCGACUGAAAGGCUGAAGGGCCACAAGCUGGUGGAACCUGUGGAGAACCUGGAUGAGAGGGCCUGUCUGCAGCAUGGACGUCCCUUGGAGCUGUACAGCAGGAAGACGAAGAGAUGCAUUUGUGUACGCUGUACUGAGGAAGAUCAGGAGGAGGUUGUUUCCACUGAAGAAGAAUGGGGCAAGAAGAAGGCCAGGCUUGGAAACACAAAGGCAGAGUUACAUGAGAAAAUUAAGAAGAGAAAAACGCGGGUGGAUGAGAUUAAUGCAUCUCUCAAGAGCUGCAAGGACCAGCUGGAGAAUGAGUGGUGGGAUAUUGAGGCUGUGUUUACAGCAGUGAUUAACACUGUAGAGGAAGCCCAGGCUGCAGCUCUUAAGCCACUAAAGGACAGGAGGGAGGUUGUGGAGAAAGAAGCAAAACACAUCAAGACAGAGUUGGAAGAAGAGAUCGACAGGCUUGAGAAAGCCAUCUUCGAGCUGGACGAUAUAUCUGCACUUGAGGAUCACAUCCUUUUCCUUCAGAGAUACCCAUCUCUUCAAGACCUGGACAGCAUCAAUGACUUGACAGAGCUAGAGCUUGACACAUCACUGUCUUUUGGCACGUUGAGAAAAAUCACAACAGCCAUGUUGCAACAGAUCCAACGGGAAGUAGAGAAGCUGACCUCCACUGAACUUCAGAGACUUCCAAAGUUUACAGUGGAUGUAACGCUGGAUCCAACCACAGCACACCGACGCCUUGUUCUUUCUGAUGAUGGGAAGGAAGUGAAAGAUGGAGGGGAGGACCAGGAAGUAGAUGAAACUCCAGAGAGGUUUGAUCUGUUUGCCAGCAUCCUGGGGCUCAACAGGUUGACCUCUGGGAAGUCAUUCUGGGAGGUGGAGGUCAGCAACAAGACGGGGUGGGACCUGGGUGUGGCAAGGGGCGAUGCAAACCGCAAAGGGAAACUCUCUCUGAUCCCAGAUAGCGGUUACUGGGUCACCGUACUGUAUGAAGACGAUAAGUACGCAGCCCUGACAUCUCCACCAGUUCGUCUUUCCCUUAAAGAGAAACCUCAGAAGGUCGGGGUGUUUGUGGACUUUGAGGAAGGUCUUGUGUCCUUCUACGAUGUGACAGCUCAAUCCCACAUCUACUCCUUCACUGAGUGUUCGUUCAGUGACGAGCUCUUCCCGUAUUUCAGUCCACAUGUAAAGCAAGAUGAGAAAAACUCUGGUCCUCUGGUUAUAUCUGCUGUGAAACACUGUGAGCAGGAUGUGGAUAUGAAGGAUGAGCAGGUUUGUGCUCCAGUUUAGGGAAAUUUUGGAGGUCAAAAAAUUGGGUUCAGUAGAAUGUGGAGGAGGAAUCUUAAGGCUCA